UGAGCUAGUGACUAGGAUGCAGAGCGGCUCUACAACAUGGAGCUUCGAGAGAUCCAAGCGCCUGACUGCUUCACACUUCGGAGAGGUGGUGUCACGGAAGAAGCCAGUUGAGAAUUUUUUCAAGCGGCUGUUUGGGUCUAGCCAGAUGCAGACCAAAUACAUGGCUGAUGGUUUAAGGAAUGAAGAUGCAGCCGUACAGCGUUACAUAGAGAAGAGAAAGGUCCCAGUUAGGAUUUACUGUUGUGGGUUGUGCGUCAACCCUGGUGUCUCUGUUCUUGGUGCAACGCCUGACAGUGUUGUAGAGGAGGGAGGAGAUUUUGGUCUCCUUGAAGUUAAGACCCUCUCAGCUGCCAAGAAACGGGGUGAUGAAUUAGCAAAUUCUGUGAAUACGGCAUCCUACCUGAAGAAUGGAGUUGUUAAACCAACGCACAAGCACUUUUACCAGGUCCAGGGGCAAAUGGCUUUGACUGGACUCUUCUGGUGCGACUUUGUGGUUGAUAAUGGCACAGACUGCAUUCUUCAGAGGAUCACUUUUGACAGCUCGCUUUGGAUUUCCAAAAUGCUGCCACGUCUGCUGGAAUGUUGCAAAAAUUACCAAGAGGACUGCACUUGUGUGUGAAUUUCAACGACUUAUUUAAGUCACAUUAAUCUGCAGGACAAAGA